AUGAAAAAGACAUUUGAACAAGGCAUUUUAGAAGCAGUUCAAAAAAUGAAUGUUUUAAAAAAGGCACUUGAACAAGACAUUUUAGACAAGGCACAAACGUUUCAGAAAUAUUUAAUUGAAGUUUUUAGACAAAAUGUUUUAAAAGAUAUAUUUGAUCUUAGUGAACAAAGAUUUAAACAU